UACCCUUUCAUAUAUAGAUAUCGAUCAAGUACUCGAAUACGGUCUUUCCUUAAAACAUCUGAUAGGCUGUAUUUACAAAUCUCUAAUCCUAAAACUAUCUAAAUUUGAGGUUUAAAUGUCUUAAUUCACAGUUGUGCAUACAAAACCUUUUUGUGUUAUUAAUUCUUAAAUACACGUAUUUCGGAACACAUUAGAACAUUUGCUUUUUCAAAAAAGUAUUCGUUUCAGGAAUCAAUGAUUGUGAAGUAACAGUGUAAUUAAACUUAAACAAUCAUAAAAUAUGAAUUUUCAUAAAGUACUGAUUAUUAUUAAUUAUGAAAUUUACUCAAUUCUUAAUCAAUUUGAUUACAAAAAUUAGCCGUGGACGAGAAUAAAGGGCAUAGCUGGUAAAAAUUGAGCAGAUGUUUCCUGUCGACAGUUGACCGCGGUGCAUGAACCACAGUGGGCCGAGUCUUUAUUUCGGUUACAUCGAAGCGUUUAUGUUUUCUUUAAAAGGCAAUCGAUCGAAUGUAACGAUAUACGAUUCGAAUGAUCAGUGUUCGCAAUCAUGCCUAAUGACAAUCGAAAUAUUCCUACAAUCGACAGAAAAUCGAAUUUCACACUGGGUAAAAAACCGCCAUCGGUAAAGUCGCAAAAAGGGCAAUCGGCGAAAAUUACUGUAAAAAAUAGAACUCUGCAUACUCAGAGAAAAAAUGUACUAGGCAAUUUAACAAGAAAAGAACAAAACGGCGGGAACAUAUCUUCCCAAAGGAAUAUUACAGAUAAGAAAGAAACUGAUUCCAAAAGUAUAACAAAGUUUACGGACAAAUGUCCCAAUGACAUGGAUUACGAUAAUAAAAUUGCUGUGUUGCGUAAAGAAAUACAAAACUGGAAGGUUAACGAAAUUUUAACCUCCAGAACUGGAGAAAGAUUCAUUGCAACCCCUAGUGAACAUCGAACUUUUAGUUACGUCGCUUCGGGGGAAACCACAAAGAGGCAGCGAAGUCCCAAUAAUCCUCUUAAAUCCGUCAGGACGUACGUUGACUUCCCCGCUGUAACGUUAAUACGUGCUAUAAAUGCAUAAACAUCCGCUGUCUACUUAUAAUUAUAUCCCGGGCGAGCAGUGGAGAACAAACGCGCACGCAAAGAAAGAUUGCUGGUGGCCAGCUAACGAAGCGAAUUUUAC